UUUGAACUGCCAGUAGUUCCCAUACCGCCGCACAGUCUGGUCGCGUUUCCGUCUCCCCAUCGAAGUCGCGUCGCUUAACCUCGGCUGCCCCAAGCUCAAGCUAACUCGUCGCAGAGAAAGAAACAAAGGCGCAGAAUUAAAUUGAAUCGCGCAAUCGACGCACACGCCAGCGACAACAAAACAGGAGAGAUAAAAAAUAAACAAGGGAGAGAGAGAUCAAAACAAAACGAGCAAUAAAUCGGGAAGAAUGCGUGUCAGAGGCGGCGCAUAAAGAGAAGCACAAAACAAAGACAGAAAGCACAAACAGAGAAAGAGAGAGAGAGAGAGAGAGGAACAGUUGACCAACAAUAAACCAUAAACCAUAAACCAUUGCGAGUCCCACUUUGGUGCGGUAGGUAAUGACACAUUCGGCAGGCGCGGCACGUUCCUAGACGCCUUCAAGCGAGUGCAGCAUAAAUCAGAUCCAUCAGAGCCACAGCGUACCACCAACGGCGUAUACCCAUGAAUAUAUGUGCAUAAUAUACAUACAUAUGCGUGUUCGAAGGAGGAAUUAAAUAACAAUAAACGAAUCAAUUCAAAUUCGCCAUGGAUCAGUCCCGCACCCUCCUCGCCAGGCAGUCCAAAGAUGUGGAAUUCCAAGAUGUCUUCUACACGGUCAAGGAGCGUACCAAUUUCCUGCGCGUAACUGGGGAGCGGAAAAUUUUAAACGGCGUCAGCGGAAGUUUCCGGAAUGGCCAACUGUCGGCCAUCAUGGGACCCUCUGGAGCUGGCAAAAGCAGUUUGCUAAAUGCGAUUUCGGGUUUCAGGCGCGACGGUGUUACGGGGAGCAUCAAGAUGAAACGGGAUAAUGCCUGCUACAUCACACAAGACGAUCACCAUCAGACCCUGCUGACCGUCGAGGAGCUGAUGAACCUCUCGUGCGACCUCAAGCUGAAGCAGCGCCACAGGAAGGCCGAGGUGCUGACGGAGAUCCUCGAGAACCUCAACUUAAACCACCGUCGCAACGUGACGGCGGAGAAGCUGAGCGGCGGGGAGCGUAAGCGGCUCUCCAUUGCGCUCGAGCUGGUGGACAAUCCAAACAUAUUCUUUCUGGACGAACCCACCAGCGGGUUGGACGAGGUGACGGCAGCUCAGUGCAUCCGCCUAUUGCGAGGCAUGUCCCGCGAGGGACGCACCAUCGUCUGCACCAUCCACCAGCCCUCGGCCACGAUCUACAACUGCUUCGACAGCAUCUACGUGCUGGCCAAGGGACACUGCGUCUAUCAGGGCAGCCCCCGGGCCACCAUACCCUUUCUGCGCCUAGCCCAGCUGGACUGCCCGCGCCACUACAGCCCCUCGGACUACAUCAUCGAGCUGGUCGACGCAGAGGACGGGCACCUGGUGCCGGCACUCAGCGAGCUAACCGACAACGGGAAGCUCAUCUACGUGGCCAGCCAGGCGGAUAUUGUGAAUCCACAGCUGCAGUCGCAGCAGGCCGUGACCACACUGUUCGUGGAGCAACCGAAGCGUCCACUUCUGCCCACAAUCUUCGCCGGCAGUGCGGCCUCCACGGACGGCACUCUGAUGAGCGGCGCCAGUGCAUUGCUGGAGCAGGUGAAAGCCUUCUCGGAGCGCAUGCACAACGGGCGUCAUGAGAUCUCCGGCGUGCGCCAGUUCGUGGUUCUGAUGCGUGUCAUGAUGCUUCGCAUAUUGCGCGCCCGCCUGGCCCUCACCAUCCAGCUGUUUCACCACCUCCUUUGCGGCCUCUUCUUCGGGAUGAUCUUCUUCCAGCUGGGCAACCAGGGAGCGCGCAUGUUUGACCAUCUCAAGUUCUGUAUUGGCGCCGUACUCAUGAUUGUCUACACCCAGGUGAUGGUGCCUAUCCUCAGCUAUCCCGCCGAGGUUAAGGUGGUGAAGAAGGAGACCUUCAAUCGCUGGUACACGCUGACGCCCUACUAUAUGGCGCUGACCAUCUCACGGCUGCCGCUGCAGGUGCUGCUGAACAUCGCCUUUAUGAUGGUGACCUACUGGAUGUCCGGGCUGCCGGAGCAGUUCUGGCGAUUCGGCAUCUUCGUCGCAGUCGGCCUCAUGAUCUCCCUGGUGGCCGAGGGCAUGGGCCUGGCCAUUGGAGCCACCUUCAGUAUAACAAACGGCAGCGUCGUGGGUCCCAUGAUGAUUGCUCCUUUGAUGGGGCUGGCCGUGUACGGCUUUGACUUUGCGCCCCAAAUCACGGGCGCCAUGAAUCUGCUGAUGAAGUUCAGCUAUGUGCGCGUCGGAGUGGUGGCCAUGAUCCUGGCCGUGUUCGGGUUUCAGCGCGAGGAUCUCGACUGCGACGACAUCUACUGCCACUUCAGCGAUCCGCGCGUGCUGCUGAAGUUUCUCGACGUGGAGAAGGUCUCGCUACUGCACCAGUUCGGCAUACUGGCCAUGCUGAUGCUCUUCUUCCGCAUCCUCAUGUACAUCAGCCUGCGCAAGCGCUGCUACGCCUGA